AUGAGUAGGAGCAGUUUCCGGAGAUUGACCGAGUAUCUACACUUGAAUAACAAUACAACUCAAGGCUCUGUGGGAUCUCCUGACCUGGAUCAAAAUAUUGAAGUAAAUGGUAUUUAUGCUUGUAGUACCAUCAAUACCAAUCGCAAAGGAUUCCCUCAUGAGCUGAAGAACCCAACUUUUAGUGGCCGUGGUGAUACCGAGCAACUGCAACAUGACAAUUUGGUUGCAACAGCAUGGAAAGAUGCCGAACCAGUUCAUAUUGUUUCAACCACAUCAGAUCCACUUGGAGAUGGUCCAACACAUCGUCGAGUACCUUGGGGUGAGGUCAUACUAAUACAGCGGUCACCAGCUGUUGUUGCCUACCAGGAGAACUACUAUGGUGUUGAUCGUGCCAUGCAGUAUCGCUCCAAGUGUCCCGUUGGUCGACAGUCAAGAAGGUGCUGGAAGUUCUUUAUGAAUUUUAUCCUUUGGAAGAUGACCCCUGGUGUGAUGAAACCAAGGACACAUUAUUCUUUAUGUGAUCUUCAUGUUGAUGUUGCCAUGAGUCUUAUUGAAGAUUUUUCUAACAGGAAGCAGCCUAGGCAUUUAGGAAAACAACUGAUCACAGCAGCAGGUUUGAGCGAGCAUCACAGCAUGAAGUUAAAACGACCUCGUGGACGGUGUAAAUGGUGUGCAAAAGAGGGGAAGAUGAAGGGUGUCGUUUAUGGAUGUGACAAGUGUAUGUUACAUCUUUGUCAGGGUGCUUGUUUCCAAGCAUAUCAUGUGCAUAAUCAGCUUCCAGUUUUGUAAUGAAUGCAUAUGAUAUUCAAAGUCUGCAUAUUGCGGUAUUCAUUGUUACUGUCAUUUGUAUCUUUAUUGUAUGUCACAUACGUAACAGUAUUAUUUAUUUGUUAUAUUACUCCUUUAGAGGCA